AUGAGUUACCUAUUACAGACAUUGUCUUCCAAACAAGAAGUUGAUAAUGUCAUUAGAGAAACGGAAGAUAUCGUGCUUGUUCUCAGAUUUGGUCGAGAUACAGAUUCAAGUUGUCUUCAGCUAGAUGAUAUUCUUGCAAAGACUGCUGAAGACUUGGCAAACAUGGCUGCCAUUUAUUUGGUAGAUGUCGACAAAGUUCCUGUGUAUGCCCAGUACUUUGACAUCUCUCUCAUCCCUUCAACGAUAUUCUUCUUCAAUGGCCAGCAUAUCAAAGUUGACUGGGGGAGUCCAGAUCACACAAAGUUUGUGGGAAGCUUUAAACACAAGCAAGAUUUUAUUGAUGUGGUGGAGGUGAUUUACCGAGGUGCCAUGAAAGGCAGGGUCAUGGUUCGAAGCCCUCUUGACCCCAAGGAUAUCCCCAAAUACCAUCUGAUUUACAAGGACAUUUGA